GGCCCAGGAAGCGAACCCGCGGAGCAACAGCGUCUGUAACAACAGCACCGAGCGGAAUGUGUCCUGCGUGUGAGACGUGAAUAUAUGACCGAUCGAGUGUCGAUAGAACCGGGAUCGAGUGUUGGAAAACGUGUGGUCGUGGGGGGGCCUCAGGAUGCUGGUGUUGCUGCUGCUGCUGCUGCUGGGGGGGGCCGCCUCUGUGGACGCGGAUGAUUACUAUUCGAAGCGUUAUGGGGACACACUCUCUGUCAGGAUGUGGCUGCAUGAUGUUUCAAUCAAGUUCAUCCCUGAAGACACCAACUCAGAGUCAGUGAUCUUUUGGAAACCCGACGACCCUUCGGUCCCCGUGGACAGCAGGCGGAGUGUCUCUAAUGGCUAUUUGGAGAUCAAAAAUCUAACCCAGAAAGACAAUGGCAUCUACGAAAUGAUAAAAAGUGAGAUAGUCCUGAAGUCAUGGUCCGUUGAGGUCGAAGCAAAGUAUGAGGACCUUGAGCUGAAGUCUGGUGAAGAACUCAGAUUCACAUUUCCUCUGGUCAAGAACCACUGCAACAUCCACUUCUUCCCAAAGAAAAAGGAACAUGAACUGACGAGCUAUGACACCCAGCUAGUUCGUAAUGGCAGAACGGUUUCAACCAAUUCACUCUGCAAUAGCUUUGAAUUUGUAAGGCCGUGCGGGUUGGAGAUGGAGAUGCAUGAGUUGUGCGACGGACGCUUUGAGGUCAGAGAUCAAUAUGAUGAAAUCGCCUUGAACGUGUACGUGGAUUGGAUGGCCGAACCUUUUAAUUUAGGCUACAUUGGAAUUUGCGUUGGUGCUGCCCUGGGCGCAGUGAUCUGCUGCUGCUGUGUGAAACGCUGCUGCUGCAAAGGCUCCAAGAAAAAGGACUCUGCUGCCGCUGAAGUGCCUGUGGCUUACAACGAGUAUGUCCAGGAGCCUGUGGCACUGAGGCCAGCGCAGCCCACACCGCGCCCUGUGACAUACUACUCCCCCCCUCAGCCGUCCCAAGCUCCGACUGGCCCGCUGAUACACAAUCCUACUAUAGUGAAUGGGCCACCUGCUUAUUCUGAGGGUUCAGCUCCAGCAGAGCCGGCAAACGCUCCCACUUCCUCUCUGCUCUCUGACUGUGGGCUGCAGUUUGAACUGAAGGGAAUGCAAUUUCCCUGUGCUUCCCCUCUCCACGCAGAGUCAACUUACAACAGCGUUUAUACCUCCAACAAACUGGACUUCCUCUGAAAGCCUUGAAUUUGAACACUGCACUCAUUGAAUGAAAGGUUUGACAUUGGGGAUAUAUGCCUCAUCUGGUUGUCUGGGAACUGGCUCCUGCCAAGAAAUAGUCACACAGCCUUAUCCGUAAGAACAGAAUUAAACAAGAAAAACACGGUAAUCUCAGAUUUUUAGAAACACUGAUGAGUUUAUUCAAAUACCUAAACACAAAGCAGAGAUAUGUUUUAACUGCCUAUUACUAGCUAGCCCAGGGGUGGGCAAACUUUUUGACUCGUGGGCCACAAUGGGUUCCAAAAUUUGACAGAGGGGCCGGGCCAGGAACAGAUGGAUGGAGUGUUUUUGUGAACUAAUAUAAAUGACAUGGAAAAAUCAUUACAUGAAAGGAUUUGGCCUUUACCAAGUAGCAAAGCACUUAUUUGCAAGGCCAUUUAACAAAAACCCGCCUUCAGAAAAAGGCUUGCUAGCCUUUGCUAUUUCGAAUGUCCCCCAAAAAACAUGCCUUGGUAGAUGACUCUUUAAUCGCAGUUUGUCUGUGAAAAAAAAAUGUUGCUGAGUCUCUAAAUUAGUCGCCAACCUUUGAGCUGCAGCCACCCGUUCUUGCGUUGACUGCUUGCUAGCGUAGUUAGCAUGUUUCGUAGCAAAGUGACGGCUGAUGUUGUACUCCAUGAAAACUGCGACAGUUUCUCGGCAUAUCAGGCAUACACCCUUCGAUUUGACAUCAGUGAAAAAGUAUUUUGUUGUCGACAUUAAACACUCGGCACUCAUUGUCCACUUUUCUUUUCCUUGAUCCUCUCUCAUUUUACAGAAGGGAUCACAGGUCAAAGGGAAAAAGUGAAGGGAGAUCAUGUGCCUGCUUUCAAGCCCUAUACACCACACUCCCGGGCAAAUUUAAUUUAGCUGACUAUUUUAUCCAAAGCGACUUACAAUAAGUGCAUUCAACCCCGAGGGUUCAAACCCAGAACAACAAGAAUCAAGAAAGUAAGAUUUCUUCAAAAAUAAAGCAAAACUACAAAGUUCUAUAAGUACGUGCCAUUUAAGUGCAACAAAAUAAAAAAAGCCUUAAAAAGCCCAACGGGCUGUACUUUGCCCAUGUCUGAGCUAGCCUAACCAACUGCUGGCUGUACUUAAUCAGCAGUCAAACAGGUUAUAGGGAACCGAGUCUGAAAGACACCCAUCCAUUGCAGAUUCCAUAACGCUCCAAUGUGCCAAAUUUGACCAGACAGUGUAAACGAUCCAGGAGAAAGGGAAGACCAUAGGUUUCACAUUUAUUUGAGAUCACUCUGAUCGAAAGCCAUGUGUGACGAGCAGUGAGUUUAAAGCCAUAGGAAAGAAAAUAUCCACUCUCAAUAGCGAGUCCUUCUGCAGGUCUUGUCAGGAAUACCUCAUCUGUUACAGACCAGUUUGCCUGUGAAAAACCUGCAUCAGGGAAGCUGUGGAUGUUUACUCACAUUUGUAGAGAUACAAAACUAUUAACUGACAAUUUUUCUCAGGUCCGUCUACGCACACACUCAAAUGGUUUCUUUUUAAUUGAAUAAAAAAAGACUGUUUGAUAACUUUAAA